AUGGCUGAAAGCCUAAAAGUAUCUUUUUUCCCUCUAAAAAUAAUUAAUAUUUUCAAUUUUUUGUUUCCAAUUAUCUUCUUCCUUGCUUCAAUUUAUUUGCCACAAUCAGAAGCAGCAUCUAAUAAUGAAAUAAAUACAAAAAAUUCCAAUGGCUGCCAAAAUGAAAAGAAUUCUUUACAAAUUCUUGUUUUAUUUGAUAUUUCACAAGAGGACUUUGAUUAUUUUAAAAAUCAACAAAAAAGGAUUGAAAAAGUUUUGAGACAUAUUGCUUUAAUAUCUAAAGAAAGUUCUUCCAACUUAUACGGAUUAAUUGCUUUCCAUCGUUCACCUGUUGUAUUAAAUCCAAUAAAUUCUUUGGAUUCUUCUAAUGUUGAUAAAGUUAUUGAACAAAUUCAUUCCCUCAGACCUCGCCGUCAUUUAGAAACUUCACCAGCCAAAGCCUUAAUUAUAGGCACACAAUUAUUCUCGGAAAAUUCGAAUAAUUCAAAAAAUAUCAUUCUUUUGGUUCAUAAUGGGGAAAAUACUGAUAUGGAGAUUGGUGUUUGUUUUAAUUUAAUAAAUUCUACAAAAACAGAAAAUAAAUUUGGAGAAGUUUUACUAAAAGAAUUAAAUUUUAAUGUAAAUUUAAAUCAGAAAAUUAAUAAUACUGUUGAAAAUAGUCAUUCUGAUUUUGAAUGCAAAAAUGGAAGUGAGGUUGAUUUGCUUAUUUUGCUUGAUACAAGUGGAUCAGUUUUUCCCUCAUUUAAUUUACAACAUCAAUUAGCCCAAAAUAUUUUAAAAGAAAUAAAUAAUGAGGAAAUUGGUGAAAAAUUAAGAAUUGGGUUAAUUAGUUUUGCUUCUGAACCAAAAUUGGUUUUGACGUUAAAAGAAAGUGUUGUAGUUGAUAAUAAAGAAAUUAUUGAAAGACUGAAUGAUAUAAAAUUUACUGGAAGUAAUACAAGAAUUGCCGAUGCUGUGGAGUUGGCUUUAAGUGAAUUUGAAAUGGGUGGAAGGAGGGAUUCUGAAAAGAUUCUAAUACUCAUUAGCGAUGGUCAUGGACAAGAAUUCUGGUCUAGGGCACAAGCUGUUGGCCGAAAACUUCAACAAACUCCCUCACUACUUUCUUUUGCUGUUUCAGCCAGUCAAGAUUCUAAUUUUCCUGAAUUAUUACUUUAUAUUGGAAAUAAUAAAAGAAUUUUUGUUGGGAAAAGUCAUAAAGAAUUUGUUUCAACAUUCUCCUCUAUUUUAAAUAAUUGUUUGAAUUUAAAAAUUGGAAAAGAGAAUGAAGAAAAAGAAGAAAAGGAUAUUUUAACAAAUGGAAGUAAAAAUAAAUUUAAUGGAAUUUUUACAAAUUUAAGUAAAAUUGUUGAAGAACAUAGUAAUGUUAAUAAUUUGAGAAAUUUUUCUUUGGGAAAUAAUUUGGAAAGACGACAGAAGGAUGAACCUUUAGAGAAUGAAAAUGAAGAUAAUUUAAAUGAUAAUGAAGGACAUGAGGAAAUACAAAAAAUGGCAAAUAAUAAAAAUCCACUCCAAAUAUCAACUUCAACACCUUCAUUACUCGAUGAUUGCCCAACUGAUUUACUUUUUGUAAUUGACAGUUUUAAUGCUGCUAAUGGAAUUUCUUCACCUUUUGAAAAGCAAUUAGCUUUAGCUGUUCAAUUAGUUGGGCGUUUACCUUCAACAGAUGUUGAUUUGGGAAGAAUUAGAUUGGCAGCCCUUUCAUUUGGACGAGAACCUAGACUUGAAGCUAGAUGGUCAGAACAUCUUGGAAAAUUAGAAUUCCAGAGAAGAUUGAGAGGUAUUAUACCAACUAAAGUACAAUCUUCUUUUGCUUCAGCAGUUAACCUUACUUUGCAGGAAAUAAAUAUUCAACGUCGUCAAUCUGCCAGACUUUUAAUGUUUAUUUUGUGGAGUGGAUCUAAUGGAAGAAAUACUGCUGAGGAAUUGUCUAAAUCAUUUAAACCUUUUAAUAAUUUGUCAAAAUCUGAAUUGUUUGCUGUUGCUGUUACUCCAAGUGCUCAACUAACAAGACUUAAAACUUUAGUGGGUGAUCAAUGGCAUGUUUUUAUUGAUGCAAGGGCAAAACAAUUUGUUGAACAGGGUAGGGAUAAAAAUAAACUUUAA